AUGGGAUUUCAAAUACUGGCCAUCGCAACGGUCGUGAUUACAUACUUUAUCAUUCGAUAUUUUAAUCGAACCGAUGUCCCCAAGAUUAAAGGCUUAGCCGAAGUCCCCGGUGUGCCCAUCUUCGGCAAUCUACUUCAGCUAGGAGUCCAGCAUGCCACGGUGACGGCAAAGUGGGCAAAGAAGUUUGGACCAGUUUUUCAAGUGCGCAUGGGCAAUAAGCGAAUCAUCUUUGCAAACAGCUUCGACUCAGUGCGACAGCUUUGGAUUAAGGAUCAGUCAGCCCUCAUAUCCCGACCGACUUUCCACACAUUCCACAGCGUCGUCUCCAGUUCCCAGGGAUAUACGAUCGGCACGUCUCCGUGGGACGAGUCUUGCAAGCGUCGACGCAAGGCGGCUGCUACUGCACUCAACCGAACUGCUGUGCAAUCGUAUAUGCCGAUUAUAGAUCUCGAGUCUAACACUAGUAUCAAAGAAUUGUAUCGUGACAGCAGGAAUGGGACUGUUGAUAUCAACCCAACAGCGUACUUUCAGCGAUAUGCCCUCAACACCAGCCUGACACUCAACUAUGGCUUUAGAAUCGAAGGCAAUGUCGAUGAUCAGCUUCUUCAUGAAAUUGUCGACGUCGAGCGUGGUAUUUCAAACUUUCGCUCGACGUCAAACAAUUGGCAAGAUUAUAUUUCUCUGCUGCGGAUAUUUCCUAAAGCGAAUCAUGAGGCUCAAGAGUUCCGCGAUCGUCGCGAUAAGUAUUUGACAUUUCUAUUGGAUGUACUGAAGGAUGAAAUUUCCAAGGGCACAGACAAGCCUUGCAUUACUGGGAAUAUUAUCAAAGACCCCGAGGCCAAGCUUAAUGAUGCUGAGGUGAAGUCCAUCUGUUUGACUAUGGUAUCUGCUGGGCUCGACACAGUGCCUGGGAACUUGAUAAUGGCCAUUGCAUACCUAGCAUCAGAGGAUGGACAGCGAAUCCAGAAGGUAGCCCUUGACGAGAUCUUGAAGGUUUAUCCCGACGGAGAUGCCUGGGAAAAAUGUCUAAUCGAGGAAAAAGUGCCCUACGUGACAGCUUUAGUGAAAGAAGUGCUGCGAUUCUGGACAGUUAUCCCCAUAUGCCUGCCUCGCGAGAGCACCAAAGACAUCGUUUGGAAUGGGGCUACAAUCCCAGCCGGAACCACUUUCUUCAUGAAUGCCUACGCCGCAGACUACGACGAGGACCACUUCAAAGAAGCUCACAAAUUUAUCCCUGAACGCUUCCUUGAGCUCGGAGAGGGCUCUGGGACUCCGCACUACGGAUAUGGUGCAGGUUCCCGCAUGUGUCUUGGCUCGCAUCUAGCGAAUCGGGAGCUUUACACCGCAUUUGUCCGUUUGAUCACAGCUUUUGAGAUGCACCCGUCGAAAGAGCUGAGUGAUCGACCUAUUUUGAAUAGUAUCGAUUGUAACGCCAUUCCUACGGGGCUGACUACGGAACCUAAGCCUUUCAAGGCUGGCUUUAUUGCGCGUGAUCCUCAGAAGUUGGCACAGUGGAUUGCUGAAAGCGAUUACCGAACGAAGGAUUUAUAG